AUGGCUCGUGUGGCUCCAAAUCCUCUUUGUCUCCAUAGGUUCCGGCCAUGUUUCCAAGCUUGCCAAUUUCCACCAUCACUCUUCAAAUCCACUUUCCAGUGUCAAACCAAGCCUCGCAAAUUCCCCACAGUUUCUUGCCAAACAAACCCCAACUCCACUGAAACAUCCACUCCAACGGAAAAAGAGGUUCUUGAACCUGGUCAAGUUAGUGACGGUGCCAAAAGAGAGGAUACAAAUGCGUCCCGAGAUUCUGGUUUACCUGAAUUGCCAAAUAAAGACUUGAGUAAACGAAUUGCAGUGGUCUCUGUUCUUGCUUCUGUGGGGCUUUUCUUGUCUUCAAGGUUGGAUUUUGGUGUUUCUUUGAAGGACUUAUCUGCUGCCGCAUUGCCUUAUGAAGAGGCCCUCUCAAAUGGGAAGCCAACUGUUGUGGAGUUCUAUGCAGAUUGGUGUGAAGUAUGUAGAGAGUUAGCUCCAGAUGUCUACAAAGCGGAGCAGCAGUACAAGGACCGUGUGAAUUUUGUUAUGCUGAACGUUGAUAAUACUAAGUGGGAGCAAGAACUUGAUGAGUUUGGUGUGGAGGGUAUUCCACACUUUGCAUUCCUGGAUAGAGAGGGGAAUGAAGAGGGUAAUGUAGUUGGCAGGCUUCCAAGGCGGUACCUACUUGAGAAUCUUGAAGCUCUUGCACGUGGGGAAGCAUCCAUACCUCAUGCCCGAGUCGUCGGACAAUAUUCAAAAGCAGAAAAAAGGAAGGUGCGCCAAGUUGUUGAUCCUAGAAGCCAUGGGUAG